GUGCCCGGGGGCGAUGGAGCCCGGGCGGCGGCGGCUGUGAGCGGGGCGGCACCAUGGGCUGCGGCGGCAGCCGCGCCGACGCUAUCGAGCCCCGCUACUACGAGAGCUGGACGCGGGAGACCGAGUCCACCUGGCUGACCAACACGGACUCCGAGAGCCCGCCGCAGGAGGGCAGCGCCGAGGGCCCCGGCCGGGAGCAGGGCGGCCCGCGCCCCGGUCUUCUGGAGGAUGGGAAAUUGGCUCACACGGGUGUACCUGCAGCAUCAGCCACAGCUGGAAUGAUGAACGCUGAGAAGAGGAACAACUGUGGCACUCAGGGUGCAAACCCCAUAGUCCAUGGCAUGGGAACUACAACACAGAGACAGAAUGGCUUCAGGACCACAGAGAGUAAAUGGGAUACACAGAAAAUGUCCACACAAGAAGUCACCAUUAAUGUUACAAAAGGCACCAGACAAAGUGACAGAAGAAAAACAAAGAAUUGUGCCAAUUGAUGAAGAAAAUUGCAGAUUGCCCUGCUGGUUUUAGUUGAAGAAGCAAGCCCAAAGAAUCAUCUGGACAUUUUCACUCCAGGCGGCCUUCUUAGCAAUGAGGAGUCUUGUUUACAGGGUCUGUUCUUUGAGCAUCAUCUUUCAAAUAUAAAUGGCUCAAAGACAUCAAAUAAAAUAAUCAUAUUAAAAGAUAUGGACUUUCAGAUAAAGGACCUGUGGGCAUCUCUGUCUUAUAUGCCAGGAUUUUUGAAAUGCAAUUUUCCCCCAAAAGACAUUAUGACCGCAUGAUUUGUCUGCUGUCCCUUGGCUGCACAUGAAGAUUUCUACAGGUGCACUGAAACAACACACUUUGUGCUGGAAUGAUUUGCCAACAGAUGGUGAGUUCUUAUGAUUCAUCUAAGUUCAGGUUUUAAACAGAAAAGAACUUUGUCAUGUUUCCACAAUUCCAACACAAUAUAUACAUAGAAUUUUCCUAUAUAUCUUCUUCCACUAUGUGAGAAAUGGAAUCAUUCAAAAGAAAGAGGAUACUGUCUAAAGAAGAGAGAGGAUUUAUAGUUACCAAUUCAUCAUGAGGCAAAUUAAUCUUCUCAAAGGUUCAGUACAGUUUUACCUUGCACUAUUCCUUCAUCCUCUGCCUUACAUUUCUUUAAUGUAUUCCAUCAUUUCAGCAUCACUGUAGGACAUUGACUGGAAGACAUGCAAUUUUACUGUGUGACUGAAAUGAUUUUGUACUGACAUAAAUAGGAAACUAUAAUUAUUGUGUAAGCAAUAUCUGAGUACUCCGUUAAACAUGCAUUCUUUUUAGUUAAAUGACUGAGGUUUCAUAAAA